CACCUACCAAUAGGCAAUAGCAUGGCGUCAGGUGUUGAAGAGGACUGGUACCAGAGCAGUGAGUUUGUGACUGUUACUUUGAAAUUGCCACGAAACCUAAAGAGAGAUGACACCACUUCACUUUUUAAGUCCAAGCACUGCUCCUUGCUCCUCAAUGGUGAGACUAUUUGGGAUUGUCAUUUGUCUUUGCCUGUAGCACCUGACAAGUGUCGUAUCAAACCUGCUGGUAAAAAUAGAGUUGAAAUCAAACUGAAGAAAGAUACACCUCACAGGUGGGAAGAGCUUAGGGAUACUGAAUAUUCCGACACAGAAAUUGAUGAGGAUAUAUUUCACACUCCGCCUGCUUCGCCUUUACAUAAUGACACACCUCACAAUGCUCCUCCUACUGCCCCACCCACUUCACUCCCUGUACCUACUGUCCCUCCACCUGUUCGUACUCACUGUGAAACCCCUCCCACUUCACUCUCUAAGGAGGUGGAGUCACUAAAUGAUCUUUCAUCUGAUCACGCAACCACUAAUCACGUGACUCGUGACCAGUUGCUGUCUGAGAUGAGUAAUUCUUUUGAUGAAGUAAAAGAAGAAUUCUUUAAUUUGAAGCAUUUACCACAUGAUGUCAUAGAAAAGGGCGAUGGUGUCUUAGUUAAAAUAUUUGUAUCACAAGUUGUCCGUGAUUCUUGUCUUGUUACUUUUAAUAAAUCCUCAGCAGUACUACAAUUCAGGACAAAGAACAUUAGGUUCUUGUCAUUGUACCCUGGGACCAGCUGUGAAACCCAGUUUAUGUGGAAAGUCAAACUAUAUGAUGUCAUAAAACCUGACAGCUCAUCCUACAAUGUCAGUGAUAGGCACGUUCAGUUAGUUUUGAAUAAGUCGGACCCGAGCGUCAGAUGGAAGAGCCUUGAGAGACCAGUCAAGAGCCCAAGGGCCCUCACUCCUGUUGGGGGCAAGCCUCAAGAGAAGGGAGGAGCUGACACACCCACUCUCAAUAAUCUUGAUGAUGAUGAUGAUGAUGAUGAUGAUGUUAAUAACCUUGAUGAUCUUAGUGUUGCUAAUAAUAAACCGGUCGGGAAGACUGCAAUGAAUUUUGAAUUUAACCCUUUUAUGUUGCACAGAACGGAAAAGACCACACCUACUAGGAUGACACCUAGCACUAAUGGAGAUAAUAAUGACACAUUAAUUAAUAAUGCAUCGACCACACCCACUCUAAUUAACAGUACACCACCACCACCCACUCAUUCUAUUGAAAGUGCAUCGUCAGCAUGUCUCAGCAUGCCACGCCCCCAACAAGAGGCGAGCCCCCAACCGUCGACUUCAUUAUUCCAUCGCCUCCCGUCAGACUUGUUUGCCGGUCCCAGUGAGACUGGUAUUGCUAACCUUGGCAACACCUGCUUCAUGAGCAGUAUCCUCCAGUGCCUCAGUAACACCGUUGAAGUGAGGGACUUCUUCUUGGGAGAGAAGUACAGGACUGACAUUAACAAAGAUAAUCCUCUUGGUUGUCAGGGGCAACUCGCUGAGUGCUUUUAUACAAUGAUUGAUAAGCUAUGGUCUGGAAAGAUGGCGUAUAUAUCACCAAGAAAAAUAAAAGACUUGAUUGGAUCAAGAAGGGAUGAGUUCAGUGGUUACGCACAGCAAGACGCUCACGAGUUUACAACCUUCUUCCUCGACGGACUUCAUGAAGACCUCAACAGAAUAAAAUCAAAACCAGUCACUGCACAGAUUGAGAGCGAUGGUAGACCUGAUUCAGUUGUAUCGGAGGAGUCUUGGUCUAAUUAUAAGAAGAGAAAUGAUUCUUUUAUUGUUGAUUUGUUCGGAGGUCAAUUUAAAUCAUUGCUAGUGUGUCCGGACUGUAGUAAAGAGUCUGUGACCUUUGACCCCUUCAGUUCUCUCUCUGUUCCUCUUCCGGUGAAAUCUGUGACCUUAUCAGUCAUAUUCAUUUCUAAAGACCCUCUGACUCCACCCAAAGAGGUGGUGGUCAGCCUUUCUUCGGAAUCCACUCUUGAAUUGGUAAAAGCUUCUGUUGCUACUAAAACAAGUGUCACUAUGAAGAAUUUACGAGUGUUUGAAGUUAUUAAAAAUGGUCGUUUAGUUAAUAUGGCCGUCAAUCAUAAAAAGAAGUUGUCAGAGAUGAAAGACAAUGAUUUUAUUGUGAUUUGCGAGGUAUUAUCGUUUCAUGAAGCAAAAGAGAAGGUCAUUGAGUUACACGUAACUCAGAGGGUUAAGUUUCGUAAUCUUCCUUCAAAAUGUUGUGGGUGUGGUGAUAAAGGGAGUGGCUUUAAGAGAUGCAGCAGAUGUAAAUCAGUUGAAUAUUGUAGCAGAAAGUGUCAGGAAGAUGAUUGGUCAAGGCACAGGAAGAGGUGUAAUGAGCUAAGGAAUAAUUUGGAGGUGGUUGGUCUUCCUUUUGUUAUCAGUUUACCGAUCACUCAAUUGACUUUUGAUAAUAUUGCAGAUAGAGCUGAAAAAUAUGCCAAUUGGUCUGUUGAUUGUAAAAAAUAUUCAAAUGGUUCUGAUUCAGCAGCUGGUAAUAAUGGACACACACCUGCCCCGCCCCUUUUCUUUGAUUUAGUACCUAUCGAUGACCUUUGUACAACAGUUGGAAGCCCUUUACUGAAUAGAGGUAAAGACACAUUGACAUUAACAAAUCGUUGUUUACUGUCAAUGGACUGGAGGAAUAAUCCUAAUGACAGCAGCUGGGUGGACGUGAUUAAUAAAGAUUUAUCAGCUUACCAGAGCUCAGCCAAAGAAGCCAUUAAAAGAGAAGGCAGACACAUUAGAUUAAAGGAUUGUCUUCAACUAUUUACUGAACCAGAAACAUUGCCUAAAGAGAAUGCAUGGUAUUGUCCAAGGUGCAAGGAACACAGAGAAGCCACCAAGAGGCUCUCCGUUUCAAGACUCCCUCAUAUUCUUAUAAUCCAUCUCAAGAGGUUUUCAUUCAGCGACUUGACACGGAGGACAAAGAUAGACAAACACGUUGAGUUUCCAUUGACUGGGUUAGACAUGAGUCCAUACAUACACACGGAUCCCUCUAGCUACACAGCUGCUACUAAUGGUACCCCAGCACUGUAUGAUUUAUAUGCCACCGUCAAUCAUUAUGGGGCUGUGUUUGCUGGCCAUUAUGUGGCUAACGUACUCUCACAAAAUGGAGACAAAAGAGAUUGGCUCCGCUAUGAUGAUGAAAAUGUCACAAGAAUAUCAAAGAAUUAUAUAUCAGACAAUAGUACUUAUCUAUUGUUCUACAGGAGAAGAGAGAGCUAAUAGUUAUUAUUAUUUAAAAUUAUUAU